GGCUAAAAAGGCGUCGAAAUGCCACUCGAGCGCUUGACGCCGGACCUCGUCCGCGAGAUCGCGGCCGAGUACCCGACCUUGAGCAACCUCAACCUGUCGCGGAAUGAGAUCCGCGCGAUCGACUGCGACGUCUCGGCGUUGGCGUACGUGAGCCGCCUGAACCUGAGCCACAACCAGCUCACUCAGUCUCUCGAGUGGCUGCGCUCGGCGACCGCGUUGUCCAAGCUCGAUCUCGCGUACAACGACCUACAGCACAUGGACCAGCUCGAUGCGCUCCGUGGACUGCCGCUCCUUACGCACUUGACGCUCGAGGGCAACUUUCGCCUCGACGAGUCGCCCAACUACCGCGUUGCCGUCGCGACAAAGCUGCCGCAAGUGACGACCCUCGAUGACACGCCCUUGACUGCCGCAGAGAAGGAAGCGGCUAGAGAGGCGCGCGAGCCAGCGUCGGUGCCGAAUCAAAGUGUCAAGACGCUGACCGUCGAACCUUUCAACGAGACGAUCGCUUUGCUCCAAGACCGCGUAUCUGCGCUGCAAGAAGUGCUUCGACUCCAAGAAUCGCACGUCGUUGCAGCAGGACCAGGAUCGGCACCGACGUACGAACGACUCCUCACGCAGUGGCGCACCAAAGUCUUCGAGCUCCUCGUGGCCGCCAAGCGGUCCGAGGCCCUUCAAUACACUGUGCAGCAGCGUGCAUCCAGCCAACACCUCUCAAUCGAGUCGCAGCUAGCGCACACGACACAGCAGAACCAAGCGUUAGAGCAGCGAUUGCUGGAUGCACGCGCCGCCAUCAAGCUCCAUGAGCUCCAGACGUCGCAGCUGCGGCAAGAGAAGGCGCUCACCGAGGCCAAGCUGGCCAAAACGGUCACGCGGCUCCAAGACGAGCGAGCUCAUUUGCGAGCGACGAGCCACGCUGUAUUGGCCUUGCACCAGGACGACGGGCUGGUGAAGCAGCUCGAGCACGCGUUCACACGCCUGCACGAGUACAACCAGCGACUGGAACGAUUACUGCGGACGGUCGAGCUCGCUUCGGUAGCGCUCCAGCGCCAGUAUGUGCGUCUGCGCAACCAGCAAGCAGCCAUCGAAGCGGACAAGCGUGUGUGGAUCAAGCGGCUCCAAAAGCGCCCUCGAGCCGCUGAUGACGAGCCCAGGAUGCAGUCCGUGCGGCUUCGCAACGGCAUGGAGGAGGUCCUUCGCGCCGCGUUUCGUCGCCUCGAUCCGUACGACACGGGCUUGGUGCACGCGGCCAAGUACCUGCAAACCAUCAAGCGCGAUGUCUGCGUGCGCAACACUGUCGGCGGUCCCGCCGUCCUCGCGCAGCUCACCCAGCAAAUGGAGACAACGCUGAGGUCGUUGUAUCCGACGUCGCAUGCGACCGUGCACUGGACGUGGGGCGAGUUUCUUCUGGUGUUUUUGCCCGACCUCUCGGAUGCGCCAGUGCCAAUGGCCGACGUCGUCACUGUUGAUGACGUGCCUGUUUCAUUUGACGAGACAAGUCAUGAUGACGUGAUCCGUCGACCGACUGUCGACUUUGGCGUGUGGCCGCGUGACGCGCUGGAAGCACACGCGCGUCAGCUCGAACACGAGCGUGCCUUUCUCGUCGCCCGUCUUCAGGAAGACGCGCGGGAGCUCCAAGGACGCGUCGUCAAGGUGCAGUGCCAGUGGCAAGCCAAGACGGACGAUCUCGCACGUGCUUUGGCGGCACUCAAGACAACGAUGCAAGAGUCCGAGACGACACGCGUCUUUCGUGAGACGGAGCUCGCCCAGGUCAAGGCGGAGCUCUCGCAGCUCCAAACCGCACAUGCCGACCAAGUGCGCGAGCUGGAGGCGCAGUGCUCAAACCAGCGCAUCGAAUGGGACCGACGCGUGGCCGAGAAGGAUGCGCUGCUUCGAAAGACGCAGAGCGAUCAUCUGCUUGAGAUGGAGGACCUACUCGACCAAGUGCGCACCCUGCAAAAAGACAAUGCGAAGCAGGAGCUGCACAUUCGCCAGCUCGAGCGGCAGUGGGCCCGCGCCCAAGACCAAGCCGAGGCCAACGAGUCGGCCAAGGUCGAGUCUCUGACGCGCAAGUUGGAAAAGCGGGAUGCCGAGCUCAUGAAGGUGCGGCGGGAACGGAAUGCGCUGCUCGCGACGCUGCGGGACCAGGAGAAGAAGCCGCGCCCUCGGUCGGUCGAGAUCGAGCCACCAACCUCGCGCACCGACAGCGGGUCCGAGCGUCCACAACCACGACCACCCCAGGAGGCAAUGGCGGACGCACCGAUUGCGACUCGCUUGGAAGCGCUUUCGAGCAUGGCCAAGUCCUGGCUCACGAACGACGAGGAUGACGCCAUCUUUAGCGGCCCCGAAGUCUAAGCGGCACGAAGGAGUGAUGCCCUACGAAAAACGUCCUAC